CAGAAAUAUUGCAAUUGCACAUAAAACUGAAAACAAAAAGCAGUUUUAUUUCCUCUUUCUGAAGAGCUUUCAAGCUACAAUCUAAAUAUAAUUUUCUAAGAUAUCGGAGAGCUAAUGGAAGAUUUCAAACUGAAAUGGGCAUACGGCGUCUGCACAGGGCUUCCAAUGUUUGUAUCAAACGAAGAUAUUUUAGUCCCUUGCGGUGUCUUUUUUAAAAGAUGUGAUCUUUCUGGAAGAGUUUAUCGUAAAAUUUGUGAUCCUGGAAUUCGAAUUGGAUGUGCCGCAUCUCUUCCAGAACUGGGCGUUUUGGCUAUUAGUGAGAAAAAAGAAAAAGCUCUAAUUUACGUUUUAAAUUAUCCAAGUAUGAAGGUCAUGUCAGUUCUCAAUCACGGUUCCAGUGAGGAGUAUCAAGCUUUGAGCUUUACAGGAAUAGAGUUUUUAGUUUCUUUGAAGUUCAGAAUAUGCCAUGAGAUAGAUUUAUGGAGAUGGUCUUCUGGGGAAAGAUUGCAGUCUCUUUCUACGCCAUUAGCAUAUUCAGAAGUGCCACUAAAUAACCUUUCUGUAGAUCCCAUGCUAUGGUACAGUUUAUGCAUCCAGAGCAAUAUUAGACUUAUUUUUCUUCAUAUAAAAUAUUCCGAUGAAAAAUAUCAUUUAUAUGAUAGGAGUGUGGAACUUUACGAAAAUCAAAACAAAUCUUUUUAUUUAAACAGUAAAGAUAAUUCAGUAGGAAGCAAUAUAGAUGUGCGUGAUGACUUCAAACCUUUGCGCAUUGCUUGCUACUGCUGGCUUCCUGGAAGUAAUUUAUUUGUAGCGACUGCUACCAGUUUGUUCAAAGUAAAUUAUAUAAAUAGUGCUGUUGUUUUCAUUUAUAAAUUUCCAGAAGGAAAAUCUACUGUUACCAGCAUGGUCCUAAAUACGACAGGGCUUUUUGUUGGUUACAAGACAGGUUGUAUUGACGUUUUCAGUAUGACCAAUGAUCUUGCAAAUUUAAAAGAAAGUAUAGCUGUUGGACAAUCAAUAAUGCAUCUGCAGUUUUCGUUUGAUUAUGAGACAUUGAUCAUUACCACAUCGAAAACAUGUGUCUUGUUGCACAAAGACGGCUCCAAAUCCUUAACAACUGUACUUAGUGGUGACAUCCUAGGGGACCUCGCCGCUUGUAUGAUUGCACCAUUGUCUCGUUUGUGUGUAAUAGCCAAAAAGAAUGGCCUGUUGCACCUACUUAAGAGUACUGAUGGAAGUCAUUUAAGCAGUAUUCAACUCGAUGAAGAAAUUUCUUCUGUAUCAGCGAGUCCCCUUUGUUGCUAUAUCGCAGUUGGAUCCGUCACAGGAUUUUUAUAUUUUAUUGAGGUAACAGAUCUCUCUCAUCCCAAAAUCGUGCACUGCACUAAACCUUAUGAAAUACCCAUCGAACGCAUAAAGUUUGAUAAUUUUGGACAACUCAUAGUGACUUCAGCUCAAAGCCAAAGUGUUAAACUGUGGAAUGCCCUCCCGUCAUCGGAUUUUCGGUUUCUGGGAAUGAAAAAGGUGUCGAGGCAAGUUAAGGACAUUGCUUUAUUCGGCAGAGCAUCUGAAGAAGACAAACUACUGCUGAUUUUAUGUGAAGGAGGCUUGAGUUCUGAAAAGGAAGCUGGAAAUAUCUUAAUAAGGCUUAAACUUCCCAGUGACUUCAACACCGAUCCUAAUAAGUAUCGAAUCGAUGUAUUUGGAAAUCUUUGUGGAGAUCUAUUGUGCUUUCAAAAGUGGGAACUAAAUUACCCUUGUUCUAAAGUGGAUUUUCAUUUGAAUUUUGGUGCAGUUUUGUACUCACCAGUCAUAGGACGAAUUCGUAAAUAUCCUGUGUGGUCUGAAACGUCAUUCAGACAGGCUGACUUAUUGCAGGUAAAAAAUGUGUCCCAUCUUCAGAUUUCUUUGAAUCAACGGUGGUUAGCAGUGACUGAUAUAUUCGGUUGUCUGCGACUCUACAGCACUAAGUUUCUGACGCUAUCAGCUGUGAUAUACGAAUCCAGUAAUUCUGAGGGUAUUGUACGUUCAUUUCUAAGUUUUUCGAAUUUUGGUAGCGGUUUAUUAAUGGGCAAAGAGAACGGAACGUUUCUGUUCUAUGAAUGGGUCAGUAAGUUUCCAGAGGAGAAUAUAAUACCUGAAUGGAUGCAUUAUAUUCAUUCACAUUUCAAGAAAGAAAACUCUAUUUUGCAUGAAAUGGUAGAAGAAGUAAAAGCAAGCUUAAUUGAACAAAAUACUUCAAAUACAGAAACAACUUUCUGUUCCCUGGCUGAGCUUCAACGAGAGUUUGAAAUGAAUAUGGAUAUAAUUUGCUUCAAAUUAAACACAUUCACGCAUUAUUCGAUUAACGAAGGAAAAAAGUAUUUCAAAGAUGAUUUUAUUAUUAAUAAGGAAAAAUUACGGAAUCUAUCUGAGCAAAAUACUUCUAAACUUCAAAAAAUAACCAUGGAAACAGGGAAGGAAAAUCGAGAAACACAGCUAACUAAGAAUGAAGAUCAGGUCAGUGACCAAUUAGAAGAAGGCAAAAUUAUCACAUCAAUUAAUAUGGGUUUUGUUAUUAUGCGUUACCCUGAAACUGACACCCUCAUGCAUAGACAGGAACAGUUAUUAGAUUCGGAUGUUAAAUCCAGUAAAAAGAAACAUGAAGCUAAGCAGAAUUUAACUUCAACAGAUUAUAAUUUUUUCAAAAAAGGUAUGCAGUUUAAAUCCUAUGAAAAUGUACUUAUGAUUUUGCGUAACAUAAUGGAAGAGAUAUUUACUCUGAAAAAAGAAUUCAAUAAAGAAUUUGACACUUUGUACGCAGAAAAAGAUAAUAUUGAUAAUAGCAUUUCUGGCAUGCGUUUUAAUAUCAAAAUCAUGGCGGAAAAUUUACCGUCAAAAGCUGAAAGAGAUUUUUGGACUGCCUACCUCAUGCAACAGAAUCUGUAUUCUCUACAGCAAGACUUAGCUUCCUCAGUCAGUGACACGAGUUUGCCUUCAAGAGAUGGCUUAUAUCAGACUUCAGGAAAAGACAUAGUUGCAGAAGCCAAAAAUUCCAUUCAAAGUUUGAUUGAGGAUCUUAGAGAGAUUCAGACUAAUUUUGAUUCCGAAGUGGAACGCUUGUUUUUCAAAAAGGUAUUCUGUGAUUACAUUAUUCACAGAUAUGAGAUGAAAAUAUUUUGUGCUUUGCUCUAUACUUUUAUUGAAAAGGAAUGCUUGAAAUGGAAAAAGGAAACACAGGAAGAACUGCAAAUACUAGAGAACUUUCAGGAGCAAUGUGAUCUUAUCAUGUCAUUAAUAUUUAACACAGAAAAAAAUCUCAGAGAAGUUUAUACAGGGUUACUAAAAUUGGAAAGAAAUACUGAUUUUAAAUUCGAAUCAAAAUCUCAUAAAUUUGCUCUGAGUAAAGAGUUUUAUGAUGCGUAUAAGUGCCAACCUUUGUUCAAACUCCAGGAUGAUUCCAAAAAUCCGUACUGGGCACCUCUAUCAAAUCUGACAUCGCAGGAUUUAACGGCGGAACUAAAUAAUGCCACAGAUACAACUUGUCCGAAAUACAUCGAUAAAGGAGUAUGGAAAGAUAUAAGUGGAAAGAAAAAUCGUUGUUUAAAACUAGGAAUAAUCCUUAGAUACUUACAGCAACAAGCUGUGGAACAAUCAAAAGUCAGGAGCGAUUGCGAAAAUCUGAAACAAAACCUCACUUCGAAACGUAAAAACUGCUCAAAACUCCUUGAUGAUGCAUCUAAAUUAUUGUUAAAACUCAAUGAAACAUUUCAUACUUUAUUAACCAUUAACUUCGAAAAUACAGAUAUCAAAUUCAAUGGGGAUGCUAGAAAGAGUUUAAACUUCUCUGCUUGUAGCAACAUGGAGAACUUACCUUCUCCUGAUGAUCAAUUUUGGAAAGAAAUUCGGAUGAGUACUUACAAGAAUCAAAAACUGCAGGAGAAGCUUGAAGAAGUGGAAAAAUAUUUUGAAGUGUUUCCUGAAUUGAGGGUAAAGAUAGAUUUAAAAAGGCGCAGAAAUCGACUCAAGUAUCCGUCAUGGCUGGCACAACUUACCGCCAAUGCAGAGCAGCAUAAAGAAAAGUUUACGAAAAGUAAGUCUGCCAUCGAUGAAGUAGCAGAAGGAAAGAGAAAAGGUAUUUUCAAAUACCUACCGUCAAAGUCGUAAUCACUUAUAGAUGAUAGAGGUUAUAAGUAAAACUAACCAUGAAAUACAAAACUGAUACAAUGACUGUCGGAAAAAAGCACAGCUUCACACUUAAUCAAAUUCACUUAUAAUAUAUUUAAUAUUCUGUUGUCUGAAAAUUCAAGAUGCAUUUUUUCUGCAUUCUUCAAAGGUCCUUUAUUUAUUUAGAACAAUGAUCAGUCUUUAGCAUAGAGCCCUCUCUGUUUGAUAACUGUUUACUUAAUUUUAAUGAGCUUCCUAGUUCCUCAUCUGAAUUUAAUUCUGAAAAGAGCAAAACAAGUGAAAGUCUGAGGGCACAAGAUCAGGCGAGUAUUAUACACGUGAAAAAAACAUUUCAUCCAAACUCUAAUAUACUUUUUAGGUGAUCAAAUUUGUGUGCGUUCUUGCGUUAUCCGGAAAGAAUACAGUUCCUGUACGAUUAAUGAGCUCUGGAAAUUUCUAGAAUUUGGAUUCAAUGAAAUUGUCCAGUUAGAGACAGUACACAUUCGAACUGAUUUGUUGGCUUGUUGGUAGGAACUUGGAAACAAGACCACACACAGGUUUGAUCACUGACAAAAAUUAUUGGAGUCUGGAUGAAACAUGUUGCCACGCGUAUCAUUCACCUGAUCGUGGGCUCUCAUACUUUCACUUAUCUCACUGUCUUCAAAAUUUCUUUCGUGGUAUCACAUUCAAUUCAAAUAAGUCUGAAAAUCAGAACCUUGUUUAGCUUUUCGGAGUAAUUACAAAGAUCAUUAAAGAAAGCAAAAGUUAUCAAACAAAACGUAUAAUAUACAGUUUGACUGAUCAUUGUUCAUUAUAUAAAUAACAGAUUGAAGAACAUAUAAAAAAUGCGUCAUUACUUUUCAGACUACCAAAUAUAAACUUAUGCAUGAACAAACGUUUUAAGAAUUACCGUAGUUGCAGUCUGAUUCCCAUGUUUUAUGAUACAUGAGACAGAAGUGCAGAAUCAUAAAAACAGUAAAGUCUUCUUAAAUAGCAAAGCAAUGGCAGUAUAGCUGAAGAACAACUAUAUAUAAGAAGCUUUGUUUUUGUUUUAGUAAAAGCAUCUGCGCAGCUAAUGGUUAUGAUACUACUUAGUUAUGAAGGGAAAAAAUAUUUUUGACUGUAUGCUUAUUAUGUGAAUAGAAAAAAAAACUUACAUUCAACUAUUAUUUUUUAAAUCAGUUAAUUUCAAGAUAAUAACAAGCAUUUAAUAAUAUGAUUUAUUACUGUGUAAUAGUUUUCCGUUACUUUAACUUCAUGGUGGUUCAGUUUGGACAAUAAACAAAAACAAAAUAUUUUUAAGUAAAAGAAAAGAAAUAUUAAGAAAUUAAUAAGUAAUGUAUGUAAAUAAUUAAAUUAUAAGAAAGCAAUUUCCUGCACUCCGAAUUUAUUUAUGAUUUGUUUUGUUCAUGCGUUAUUUGAACACCUUAAAAUUAUACAUUAUUAAAUUUAAUAUAUCAAGGGACAACAUUAUUAUCUGUAAAGGAUAUAAGUCCAUUUAUAUUGUAAAUUUACAUUGUAAAAGAGUUUCAGAUUCAGAUUUCACUUUUAGUAAACAUUUCAUAUUUUCUGAGAUGCUUCUAGUAUGACAGUCUUCGAUUUUGUUGUUGUUGAAGUAAAGACAACAUAAAGCAUUUUUUCCAUCAAAAAACAACAUGAUUUUUACUAUCCUUCCCUGAAUUAGAAAACGUCCACUUAUUGGUGUAUGUUUGUAAUAUUCUCACAUUUAUGAAUUACGAGCAUAAUCUUAAGUCAUUUCCAUAAAAUUUUAUGCUGCGCGUCUCCCAAUGGAGACUAGUUCUGAAAAGUAAUAGAAUAAACAAUGAACUUCUAAAAUGAAAAUCUACACUGAAUAUACGAACAUUUUUCUAGCUACAUAAGAAUUCAAACAUAUUAGUUCAUCAGUCGUCCUCGACACGCGCUGACUGGCGAGUGGAAUGAUGCGAGUCGCAGCAUAUCCUCUCCUCCCCUUUUGAAUUGCUGGACAGCUCUCUGCGAUUUCCUUAGAGCAUUAACAGAGCGUCUUUCGAGACUUUCUGGAGUUUUCAUCGUAUGGGACCGCUGACUAUGCUGACUUCUCUAAGAACAGGUUCCACUGGCAAACCUUAACUGCUAAUCUGUAGAGGGAAAGUUCUUUAAAUAGGACAAAUUAGCGCAUUAUGUUGUGUUUUUAGUUUCACAGUUCUUACUUUACUGUCUUUACCUAGAAAUUAUUCAGUACGUCUGGCCAAAGACCAUUUAAGUGCUUUCUAAAAUCAUCUCGCACUAAGAGACGUUGACGACUUUAAUAUGACAUAUUUGAAAAUAUUGUCGAUGUCUGGGAAUAUUGUCGAUAAGUUGCUCUAAAUAUUUCUUUCUAAAACAUAACUCGAAUCUUCUAUUUACUUAGCACGAUGCGUUAUUCUUGUCCGUAAAUUGUUAGCACCGACGUCGUUGACGUUUGAUUUCGGUCUGUCAAGCAAGAACAUGGCAAUUGUUAAUGGAAUCAGAUCUUUUAUGUAUUUUUAUAAAUACGCUAAGAAUCGGGAAUUUAUGACUCUUUCACAAUCAUAUAUCAUUGUGAUUAACUCUUCGUAAAGAUAUUUUAAGGAGCUCUUUAGCAAUUAUAACAAGUUUCUCCGACCACCCUCCUUACCAGGCUGCUGUCAGAGGAAUAAAUUUCCAAAUAAUAUAUUGAAUCUCAACUAAUCGAUUUAUCUUCCUUAAUCUCUUUCUUUUAAAUAAUUAUAAGCCCCUUAAAUCGUUACACUUCAUCUGGUAAUGCUGUUUUAGUCUUAUAACCCAAAAAACGUGAAAAAAAUUAUAACUAUGUCCGAGAACAAUGACAAAUUCUUAAGAAGGUUAAAAGGAUCCGUUUAUUUAAACAGAAUUCAGAACAUAAGUGCAUGAUCUUUUUCCUCAAUGACCACUACUCAUAGUGAUGCAAAUAAGUAGACGAGUCCAGUUUAAUGAAACGUUGACCAGUAAUUAAAGACUACACUAUUAAAUACUACUUACUGUAAGGUGGCUCACUAAUUCUAUCAGAGCGUCCGAAUUAAGUGUCAGCAGUGAGAAAAUGCAAAGUCGAAUAAUUACAAAUUUUAGAGCUGGCAGAAAACUAACUAUGUAGCGCACAUGCGAUGCCAGAAACACAAUCUGUCUCCAAUUCAAAACCCUCAGUUAAAUACUGACUAAUAAUGUGCAUUUUUCGAAUUGCGAGCAUUAUCUAUACGGAAUCUUAAGUCAUUUCCAUAAAAUUUUCCUUGAUUUGCCGUUUCUUCAUACAAAUAUAGAUAGAUUAAAACCACUUCGUAGUAGAAGACAGAAAGAAUAGAAAAACUUUAAAAUCGGCUGAAAAGUCAAGAGCAGUCUGUGAAAUUCUGAUUUCUUUGUUUUUACUCUGCGUUCAGUAGCUCACUUAUGAAUGCCAAAGUUAUCUUCAAAUUACCCGUUCUGAAAUUUUACCCAAGCUUCCUCUUUCACUCAUUGUUUAUAUUUCCUUCAGAUCAUUCUAACUUAAGACCAGGCAUCUAAUCCAGUCAGAUAAAAUCAUUUGAAUAAGCUAUAAUAUUCUAUCUUAUUAUCGGUACGAUACCAUGUGUACGUAUUCGUCACUAGAUGCAGUUUCUAGGCAUAGUUUAUGGUUUCUAGACAUAAGGUGACAUUAUUUCAAAUGAUCACAGGUCUUUUCUAUAAGAAUCAAGAUUCUUAUCAAGAUCAAGUCAUUUAUGUAACAACUAAUUAUGCAACAGUUGUGAUAUAAUGAAAGUCUUUCUGCCAUGUGCAGUGUAUUAAACAAUGGUUAAAUAAGAUUUUUAAAUGUGUUAAGUACGAUGGUAUAAUAACCUA